AUGAGCCGCUGCGCCGACGCCGCGGCCGUGGCCGCCUCCGUGCCGGGCGCGGGCGUCGGGGCGCCGGGCCCGCGGCCCCCCAUGGUGCCCCGCCAGGCGUCCUUCUUCCCGCCGCCCGUGCCCAACCCCUUCGUGCAGCAGACGCGCUUGGACGCGGCCCGGCGCGCCCAGAUAUUCUUUCUUGGACUUAUCCUGCUCCCAGUCCGCGCCUUAUUGGUUGCAUUCAUCUUAAUCCUGGCGUGGCCAUUCGCUGCAAUUUCAACAGCAUGCUCUCCUGAAAAGCUGACCCACCCACUAACUGGUUGGAGGAGGAAAAUUACCCAACCAGUUUUGAAGUUCCUGGGUCAUGCCAUGUUCCUUUCAAUGGGAUUUAUAGUUACCGUGAAAGGCAAGAUGGCGAAUUCUGUGGAAGCACCGAUUUUUGUGGUUGCCCCUCAUUCAACCUUCUUUGAUGGGAUUGCCUGUGUCGUCACUGGGUUACCCUCUAUAGUGUCUCGAAACGAGAAUGUGCAGGCACCCCUAAUUGGCAGACUGUUACGGGCUUUGCAGCCAGUGCUGGUAUCCCGUGUAGAUCCAGAUUCAAGAAAAAACACAAUAAAUGAAAUAAUCAAGCGUGCCACAUCAGGAGGUGAAUGGCCACAGAUACUAGUUUUCCCAGAAGGUACUUGUACUAAUCGUUCCUGUUUGAUAACUUUUAAACCAGGAGCCUUCAUCCCGGGGGUUCCCGUGCAGCCCGUGCUCCUCCGAUACCCCAACAAGCUGGAUACCGUGACCUGGACGUGGCAGGGAUAUACGUUCAUUCAGCUUUGCAUGCUUACUUUCUGCCAGCCUUUCACAAAGGUGGAAGUCGAGUUCAUGCCUGUUCAAGUACCAAAUGAUGAAGAAAAAAGGGAUCCUGUCCUUUUUGCCAGUAGAGUCCGGAAUUUCAUGGCAGAAGCUCUGGGAAUUCCAGUCACAGACCAUACCUAUGAAGACUGCAGACUGAUGAUUUCAGCAGGGCAGCUAACAUUGCCCAUGGAAGCUGGCUUGGUGGAAUUUACCAAAAUUAGCCGGAAAUUGAAGCUGGACUGGGACAGCAUUCGCAAGCAUCUGGACGAAUAUGCAGCUAUUGCAAGUUCUUCAAAGGGAGGAAGAAUCGGAAUCGAAGAAUUUGCGGAGUACUUGAAGUUGCCUGUUUCCGAUGUCCUGAGACAACUUUUUGCACUCUUUGACAGGAACCACGAUGGCAGCAUCGACUUCCGAGAGUAUGUGAUCGGCCUGGCUGUCCUGUGCCAUCCCGCCAACACCGAGGAGAUCAUCCAGGUGGCCUUCAAGCUCUUUGACGUCGAUGAGGAUGGUUUCAUCUCGGAGGAAGAGUUUUCCACCAUCCUGCAGGCCUCGCUCGGAGUGCCUGACCUUGACGUUUCUGGUCUCUUCAAGGAAAUAGCCCAGGGGGAUUCUGUUUCCUAUGAGGAAUUUAAAAGUUUUGCCCUAAAGCAUCCAGAAUAUGCCAAGAUAUUUACAACAUACUUGGACCUCCAAACGUGCCACGUGUUCUCGUUGCCCCAAGAGGCUCAGGCAGCUCCCUCCAUUGCGAGUAACAAAGUCAGCCCUGAACACCACGAAGAGAGUCCCUCGGACAAAAAGGAAGACUGACAGUGUUCCCAGGAAGGAAAUGAGGGUCUCUUACUCGGAAUCGCAAAGGCGCUUAUUGAUAGUAUUUUAAAUGUGAUGGAAUUGUAAAGACGGUUGUUGAUAGUAUUUUAAAUGUGAUGGUGAGUAAUGAUGAUGUUUAAAAUGGGAAACUUUUUUUAUAAAAAUAGUAGAUUUUUCUUACUGAAAUGCUUUCAUUCACAUGUGUCUAUCAAGUAAUAUUUCUUUUAUGUUACACUGUACUGUAGGGAUUGGCUUACUGGCAAAUAUGCUUGGAUACAUUUUCCAGUUAACUUUGCAUAUCCAAAGGAAUGACAUGUGCCCGCGGACCAGCACAGCAGUAGACGAUGAGGCCACCUCAGGGUUGAGAGAAGCGUGCAGGGUGGUCAGGGCGUCGGCGAAAGAAAUGACACACAGACACACUUCAAGAGUGAAAAUCUGAGUGUAAUUUUCUUUGAGUUUGUGACCAGUAUAUAUAUGUUUUCCAAAAGCACAGGAAUGAAUAUCAAAGAAAUUAGCUUGCUCAUGGGCUCAGUCUAUCACCAUCAGGGAGGUGAUCUACAUAACAAACAAUGACCAUUAUAGAAGAAAGGAGGAAGUUUAGAAAGACAGAUAAGGGAUUAAAGUUUGUAGUUCUAGGAAGACAGGAUAAGAUUUUUUAGCAUUCUUGUAGUGGUUCUUGGUGGUCGUUAUCUAUUGAUAAGCUUCUGCCUUUUCAGGGAACUUCUGCUGCACUUCCUCUGCUUCAGGCUGUUCUCUCCCCGCUUGCUGGUGGUUGCCCAGCCGGACCUAGGGACCGUGGCGAAAGCCAUUCCUAAAGAUCACUGCGGGGGGAGGUGCAGCAGGUAGGGUUUUGCUGUUCUUCCCCUGCGCGCUGGUUGCCCAGCCGGACCUAGGGCCGGUUAGCCCUAAAGGUCACUGCAGGGGGAGGUGCAGCAGACAUGGGCUCACUUUCCUGGUGAGCAUUCAUGAUUUAAUGAUUGACUGAUGAGCAUUAAUCAACAUUGUAAACACUAAAAAGAGACUUUUUAAAAUCUAUUUCCCCUAAGGAAAUAAACUCAUAGUCUGUUACUUCUAAUCCCUUCCCACUCCAGAAAUGAGAAUAAGAUGAUGUAAUACUUUUACCUUCACAAGUUCGUUUUUCCCAUUUCCAUAUCAGUUUCUAGGAUUACUGAAUAUGAGUGGAUGAGAAGAGAAAGCGCUAUUAAUGAGAUAAAACUUCUUAAAAUUCUUAUUUUCUUUAGCAUGCAUCUCUGUAACAGAUUCCUUAAUCACUUGCCAAGGGAAUCUUACCCUUGUACAUGAUCUGCAGGUUAGGAACUUUGUUUUAAAGCAGCUACUAUGGCCAAAGGCGAGGUGGGAAUUGCCUUAUUGAAGGUAACAUGGAUCUCCUAAUGAGGAAAGAAAAUUGUUGGUCAGGGGGUGGUUUCAUUUGAGUCAGAGUUCAGAAUGUAGCAGUUGCUCACUAAAUGAAUCAGGUUUGCUGUAUUUAUCUAACAUUAGAAUUAAUCUAUUUUACCAUUUACAUGGUAGCUUUAUUUUGUGCAAUGUCCUCUCCAUGUUUAGAGCUUGCCUGAAAUAUAUACAGGGAAAGCACCAAAGUUUCCAAACUAUCACCAAAAGUUAGGGAAUCCCAAAGCCAACUUUAUUAAUGGAUGGCCACGGUUUAGCCUCCAGGCAAGAAUCUUACAGGGAUAUUUUUCCUUUAGUUGAGCAAUAAUUUUCCUCAAGUGCCAUUUUAUCAGAUGUCAAUCAUGCAUGCAUAUCGUUAAUAUCAUUUGUAUUUGAAAUUUUGAACAAAGAACCAGUGUAUUAAUAUACUGUACAAAAAAUAGUUGGUUCCCAUUCUGAAUUCAGUCUUUGAAUUCAAAGUCUGUUUGGGCUAUGCUCCUGAACAUGCUGGUGAUUCACCUCCAAGCUACUUUUUCAAAGCCAUUCUGAACUUGAGAAGUUCCAUGAGAGGUGUUAGAGUUUAUAUUUAAUCCAGAGUCAGAAUUUCAAACUAGUUUUACAUAUUAAGCAGUAGUAUCCCAAUGUAAUAAAUAUAUAUUAAAUAUAUAUUGCUUAUUAAAAUGUUUCAUCCUUCAGUAUCUAUUAUUAUUUGCUUUUAUCUUAAAGCUUUUUACACAAAGGAUUGAAUAAGUAAAAGCAAUUGCUUAAGUAAUCAGAAAGUACACUUUUAUAAUAAUGUCCAUGAUAUGCAAUUGAAUGUAUGUAAUACUCAGGUACCAUGAAUUUUUUUUUUUAUAGAAAAGCAACAUAUCCAUCAUGAACAAGUAACAUUGGAAAUUAAAGGCAUUCUCUGAAAGUUAUUCCAUUGUUUUCCUGUUUUGAAAUGACUUUUUAUGCUCUUUAAUUCCACUUCUGCCAGUGUAUCUUCCUAUUUUAUUAUAUUACUGAAUAAAUAAACUUACAUAAAAUU